CUUACUUUAGGAAGGAGCGGAGGAUACAAUGGCGGGCCAGGGCGUCCUUCCCCUGGCUUCACCGUCCGGUGGAGAGGGAGCACAGAAUGAGUUAAACAGAUCCGUAGAAUUCUAGCUACAGAGGAACAGGCAUGGAGACCCAGACCAGGAAGGCCGCCUGCAUCAUGUGGUUACUAACUGCUCUUCAUUUACCUAUUGAUGCCUCCCCAAAAGAGACGCAGACAGUCCCAGAAAGCCCAGCUGCUCUUCCACCAACAGCCACUGGAGGGCCCCAAACACCAUUAUGAAAGUUUCCAGCAGCCCGUUACCCACACCGUACAAGUGCCCAGCAAGCCCAUUGACGAGGACGCCGCCACUUCCUGGGUAUUGCCUCAGUUUGAUACAACAGCAGAAAGCCGCUUCCCAGCGCACCGGAAGCAGCAUCACCGAAACCAGGCGAGACACCAAACUCGAAGAUCUACCUGCAAGUUUCCACGUCUAACCUUUGAGAGUCCACAGUCUUCCAGUUCAGAGACAUUACUGAUAUACCCGAACAGAGAGGAGCCCUGUCACUCAGAAAAGGACACUCCCAGAAGGCCUUUAGUGCCGUUGUUUAGUCCCCAGAGCUGUGAGGAACUGUCAGUGCAUGCACUUCAAAGCUUACCUCAUGUGCUCACACCCCCUGAUAUCCAGACCCCAGAGUCAUCUGUGAGAAAAGACCCCGUUUCCCCAGACCAGAAGGAAAACAGUCUUCCAAGCUGCAUUCUUGGGCCUAGAACUCCCAACAGCCCAGAGCCUGGGCCUGUUCUGGUCAAGGACACCCCAGAGGAGAAGUAUGGGAUAAAGGUCACAUGGCAACGCCGAAGGCACCUGUUUGCCUACCUUAAGGAGAGAGGGAAGCUGGACAGAAGCCAGUUCCUUGUGAAAAUCUGACUGGAUUUCACACUUCGGUUCAUCUCAACGCUGCUUACGGUUAGGUUUCUGAAGUCACUUCUGGCAUGAAAGAAUGAAAUGGAAUGAACAUCAAUAGGAUGGCG